UGUGAUUGGCCCCGUUUUUAAACGUUCCGUGCCGACCGUCUCAGCCAAAGUCCUUUUCCCUGUACCUUUUCUCCCCCAAAUUAAUUAAUUAAGACAGCGAGGAAAAAAAAGACAUUUCUUCUCCGGACGAACUCAGGCACCGGGGAUAUCAAACAACAGCCCCCAACCGUUGGCUACGCCCGAUUGACCGUCUACCUGCGAAAUUCCAUCGAAUAGACAUCUUCCCUUGACCUCUCGAGCGUUUGCGACCUGCGAUGUCUGCGUUUGGUUAGCAAAUCGAUUGUGCCCAUGAUGGCUUCCAACGGCCAUGAUCGCGGCCCCCACGAAGACAGCUUUUCGUCAGAUCAUUCAAUUCCCUUACAAGACCUCUCCGGCCCGCCGGACAUCGGGAGACAUCAAGAGGCGGGGACCAGGUUUCUUCCGGGGCGGUCGUUGACCAGAAGACGCCGGUCGGAGACGAAUUACGAGAGAAUAGCGGAGGAUUCCCCGAUCGAAAGCACGACGGCUGCAGGAACCGCGCACCACCGUCGCCAGGAAUCCGAUGCCCACGAUGCCUUCCCCGAAGAUCCAGGGGCCUUCGCGGCCGCCAUCUCCUCGGUCGGACUCUCGUUCGAAGGGCCCCCGGGCCAUCCUGCGACGCACAGCCGCGACGACCUCGACACCGUGCCCUUGGACGGCUACGGCCUGCAAGAGCCUGCGCAUAACCUCACCCCUAGCGUUUCAUAUAGCGACACCGCGCCCUUGACCAAUAUCGGAAAUAUUCAACCUAUCAGCGGGGCGACCCCCGAGCGCGGGAGGCAGAAUGACAGGCACAGCGCGCAGACCGUCCAUUUCCCGGACGACAGCCACACGGGGGCGCGCCUGGGUGAUGAUCUGCAUAAUAUGGAAAGUGGACUGGGUGGACGGAGUCGCGGGGGGAGCAUUGCGACGGAGAGGGGGCGCUCGCUGUCCCCUUCGGCGUCGGGCUCUGCUCUGAUGCGGGCCAGCUCGAUGAUGAAGUCCAUGUCCCAGCGUGUGGUCAACCUUAGUAACGAGCCGGAGGUGGUGGAACAAUCGAUCCAGAGGGAGGAGUCCCACAAGAAUUCGCGGCUCGAAGAACCCCCGUCGCUUCCAUCGCUGCCGGAUUACGCCCACGAUGCGCCCUCGACGCCCGAGUUGAACGGCCGGGUCAAAAGAGAGAAGUCGACCGCAAGUAAGGCGUGGAGAUCGCUCAACAAUCCGCUCAAGGGGAAGUCCCUCGGCAUCUUGGGCCCCGAUAACCCUCUGCGCCUGUGGCUGUGUGAUAUCUUGGUCCACCCCUUCACCGAGCCGUUCAUUCUGAUCGUGAUCAUCAUCCAAACCAUCCUGCUGACGAUUGAAUCGUCCAUGUCAGACUGGCAUAACGCCGGCCCAUGGGGGACUAGUGUGAUGGACUAUCCCUACUUCGCCAUCUUUGUCAUUUACACGCUUGAACUGAUUGCCAAAAUCCUGGUGUCGGGCUUCAUCAUGAAUCCUGUCGAGUAUAGUACCAUAGAUCGAUCGAUAGGGUUUAGAAAAGCCGUGGCGGAGAAAGGGAAGAAUCUCAUCGCUCCGCAGCGACAAUUAUCGACGAGAAAGGCAUCACCAGCCCCGGAACACCCACAGGCCUCGAUUAUACGCACGUUCACUGGCGGGCUGAAUCAACUCGAGCAAACUGUGGUCGAUGACCCUCUCCAGAAGCGUCGGGUGAGACUCGCUCAUCGGGCCUUUCUUCGACACUCGUUCAACCGUCUCGACUUUGUCGCCGUGGUGGCUUACUGGGUCGCCUUUUUCCUUUCCGUGUUCGGAGUCGAGACCCGCCAGCAACUCUUCGUCUUUCGAAUGCUCAGUUGUCUGCGUCUCUUGCGUCUCCUGGCAUUGACCAAUGGUACAUCUAUUAUCCUUCGAAGUCUGAAGAGGGCUGCCCCAUUAAUGGUGCACGUUGCCUUCCUGGUAGGCUUCUUUUGGCUUCUCUUUGCUAUUGUCGGCAUCCAAAGCUUCAAGUCCAGUUUCAAAAGAAGUUGCGUCUGGCGUGGCAUUGACGGCCAAGAAGACUUUAUCUUGAAUGACGCGGAUGGCACUCUCCAAUUAUGUGGUGGAUAUCUCGAUCCCGUCACCGGCAACAAACUCUCGUGGAUCCAGAUGAAUGGGGAAAGGAGCCAAGCGAAGCCAAAAGGCUACAUUUGCCCAAAAGGAUCAGAGUGCGUCGAAAACGAGAACCCUUAUGGUGGAACCGUGAACUUCGACAACAUCCUCUCCUCGCUGGAACUCGUUUUUGUCAUCAUGAGCUCCAAUACAUUCACCGAUCUCCUCUACUACAUGACCGACAGUGAUUAUCUUGCUGCCGCUCUCUUUUUCGCCUUUGGAUUUCUCAUUCUCAGUUUAUGGAUGGUGAACUUGCUGAUUGCCGUCAUCACACACACCUUUCAGGUCAUCCGAGAAGAGAGUAAACGGAGUGCUUUUGCCGUGAACAAAGUCGACACGGCGGAGAAAGAGCAGCAACCAGCUCCGAAAGAGAGUAGUUUCAAGCGCCUAUAUAACAAGGCCGACUGGUUCUGGGUCACUGUUAUUCUUUUCGGUCUCAUCGUUCAGGCGUUGAGAAGCGAUUCCAUGUCGGAGGGUCGAGAAACAUUCGUCGAUGUCACGGAAACGGUCAUCACCUUUACGCUCCUUGUGGAAAUUAUCUUGCGCUUUGCCUCCGAUUGGCGCGGGUUUCAUAGGCACCGGCGCAACUGGGUAGACCUGGGGCUCGUUAUCAUCACCUGCAUUAUCCAAAUCCCCGCCAUCAAACACUCCGGGAGGCCGUACUCGGUCCUCACUCUCUUUCAGAUCCUUCGGGUGUACCGAGUGGUGCUGGCUUUUUCAGUGACAAGGAACUUGAUUCAGGUUGUCUUCCGCAACGCCAAAGGUUUGCUGAACCUGAUUGUUUUUGUGUUUCUGAUCACAUACCUUGCAUCCAUCUUUGCCACUCAGCUCUUUCGCACUCAGCUUCUCGACGUUGACCCUGCCGACAUCAAUUUCACCAACAUCUACAAUUCGUUCGUCGGGAUGUACAUGAUCCUGUCCAGUGAAAAUUGGACUAGUGUACUCUUCAAUGCCACCUCGAAAACCAACCCUUACAAUACUGCCUGGAUAUCCGCCACCUUCCUCAUCAUUUGGUUCAUUGUGGCCAAUUUCGUCGUCCUGAACAUGUUCAUUGCGGUCAUCCAAGAGAGUUUCGAUGUGUCGGAGGACGAGAAGCGAGUUCAGCAGGUCAGAGCGUUUCUGGAGCAAAAGCAUGUCAGUGGGACUUCCCAGGGGAACCUGUCCCUGACCAAAAUCCUCAUGAUGGGCCGGGACUCGGACCGUUACAAAGACCCACUCGACUACGGGCCAGCGGCUCUGGAGAUGCUUCUAAAAGAUGCUGUCGUUCAAGAUUUCCUGGACGAGCAACAAGGAGUCGCGGAGAACCGCCGAAGUCGGUAUAUGGAGGCGACGGCUGCGGCAGAGACCGAGCAGCCGGGGGUGUUUGCGCGGGCGUGGACGACCGCUACAUCCUACGUCACGCGUAAAGAGCCAAAUCCAUUCUAUUCCAAACUGAAGUUCACCCGCGCCUACGAGGAGCUGGACCCCCGGGCCAUGGCGCAGGAGGUCGUGUCUGCCGCCGAGCAGAGGAAGCGAGCACAGCGAGAAUACCUCAUGCGACAUCCGAACUACAACAAAUCCCUGUUCCUCUUCGCGCCGGACAACCACCUCCGCAGACUGUGUCAGCGCAUUGUAGGACCUGGACGAGGGCACCAGCGUGUCGAAGGUGUCGACCCUUACAAGCCGGUGUGGUACUCGUUCUCUGCAUUUGUCUACGCCGCUAUUGUCGCCAUGGUGCUGCUCGCGUGUAUCACCACCCCGAUCUAUCAACGCGACCACUUCCGGAACGACCGAGACUGGUUCACAUAUACCGAUAUGGGAUUUGCCAUUCUAUUCACCAUUGAAGCCCUCAUCAAAGUCAUCGCGGACGGGUUCUUUUGGACGCCGAACGCCUACUUCCGCGGAUCUUGGGGAUUUAUUGACGGCAUCGUGCUCGUGACACUUUGGAUCAACGUGAUCAGUUCGCUGUUCGAGGACUGGGGAGUUUCUAGAGCCAUCGGAGCUUUCAAGGCGCUGAGAGCGCUGAGACUGCUGAACGUCAGCGACAGUGCCAAGAAUACCUUCCACUCCGUUAUCAUUGUGGGAGGGUGGAAAGUUAUUGCUGCCGCAUCCGUUUCGAUGAGUUUUCUGAUCCCGUUCGCCAUCUACGGAGUCAAUUUGUUCAACGGCCAAUUGGUGCAGUGCAAUGAUGACGACUUCGAGGGCAAUUUGGACUACUGCGUGAACGAGUACAUCAGCGAGCCUUACAAUUGGGAGGUUCUCGCGCCCCGGGCAGCUGCUAAUCCGUACUACGAUUUCGACAAUUUCGGAAACUCGCUCUUCAUUCUGUUUCAGAUUGUCAGUCAAGAGGGCUGGACCGAUGUGCAGUCCAGCGCCAUGAGCAUUACCAGUAAGGGCCAGCAACCCGAGGACUACGUCGCCCCGGAGAACGGGCUCUUUUUCAUCGUGUUCAACUUGCUCGGAGCCGUUUUCGUCUUGACCUUGUUCGUGUCUGUGUUUAUGCGCAACUACACGGAACAGACCGGCGUGGCCUUCCUCACGGCCGAGCAGCGGUCCUGGCUCGAGUUGAGGAAGCUUCUCCGGCAGAUCUCCCCUUCGAAACGCUCGUUUGAGAACUCCAGCCACAAGUGGAAGAUGUGGUGCUAUCGGGUCGCCGUCAAGAAACAUGGUCGAUGGGCCAGAUGUGUUACCACCAUUCUGAUGCUGCAUCUCUUGCUGCUUGUUCUGGAAUUCUAUCCGGAGCCGCAAUUGUGGGAUAUAAUAAGAAAGGGUCUCUUCUUUUUCUUCUGUCUUUUCUACAUUGCCAACGUCCUCAUCCGACUGAUUGGGUUGGGUUGGCACCGGUUUACUCGAAGCUCCUGGGACCUCUUUUCAUUGCUCGCCGUUCCGGGAGCAUUUGCCACGACGGUUCUCAGUUUCCUUGGACACCAACAGGUGAUCGUUGAGUUAAAUAAGCUUUUUCUGGUCGCCAUCACGCUCCUGCUUAUCCCGCGCAACAACCAACUGGACCAGCUUUUCAAGACGGCGGCCGGUAGCUUGACGUCCAUCGGAAACCUGCUGGCCACCUGGUUCGUGCUGUUCCUGGUGUACGCGAUUGCGAUGAACCAGGCAUUCGGACUCACCAAGUUCGGCGAGGGCGAGAACAACAACGUCAACUUCCGCGACGUUCCCCGGUCUCUGAUCCUUCUUUUCCGGACCAGCUGCGGCGAGGGGUGGAACGAGCUGAUGGAGGACUUUGCCACGAUGGAGCCGCCCAUGUGCACGUACGGCAGCGACUUCCUGAACGACGACUGCGGCAGUGCGCCGUGGGCUCGCUCCCUCUUCAUCUCCUGGAACAUCAUCAGCAUGUACAUCUUCGUGUCGCUGUUCGUGUCGUUGAUUUUCGAGAGCUUUUCCUACGUCUACCAGCGAAGCAGCGGGCUCUACGCGCUGAGCCGGGAGGAAAUCCGUCGGUUCAAGCAGGCGUGGGCGACGUACGACCCCGACGGCACGGGGUACAUUUCCAAGGAGCAGUUCCCACGGUUGCUGGGAGAGCUGUCGGGCGUCUUCUCGAUGCGCAUCUACGAGGGCGAGUUCACGAUCGGGCGCAUCCUGGAGGAGUGCAAGGUCGACAAGCGCGACUCGUUGAUUGCGCACCGGCGCGUGGUGGAAGGACUCGACCUGGACCGCAUGGGCCGGAUUCUCCGACGCAUCGACAUCGACAACGUCCGCGAGCGGCGGCAGCGACUCAACACCUUCUACGAGGAGGUGCUGGUGUCAGCGGACCCGGUGCGCGGCAUCUCGUUCCACUCGUGUCUCAUGAUCCUGGCCCAUUACAACGUGAUCACCGACAGCAAGAGUCUGCGGCUGGAGGAGUUCCUGCGUCGGCGGGCCCGACUGCAGCGCGUCGACGAAGCGGUGCGUCGCGCCACGGUCAUCGGCUUCUUCGACACGUUGUACUGGUCGCGCGAGUUCCGACGGCGCGUCGAGCACAAGAAGUCGGCGCGCAUGAGCUUCGUGCCGCAGUUCUCGGUGCCGGAGAUUUUCGUCGACGACGGAUCGCAUGACGACCGGCCGGAAGAGGAACGGCGGCGACUGGCGACGCAGGAGCCCCUGGUGCCUGGCGGCGAGCCCAUGCUGUCUCCCACGUCGCCCACCCACAGCAGCGGUGGCCUUGGAGACCCCGGCCCAUCGUCCUCGCGCGGAGCCCAUCUGCCACGCAUCGACACCAGCCAUCUGGGCCAUAUCUCGGCCACCAGCUCGCCGACGACGGAGUGGUCAAGCAUCAGCCCGUCGCUCUCGCCGCGACGGGAUCGCGCACAUACGAUGUCUUCCAACUACGACACGGGGCCGGACCCUCACGAGCAGGAAGCAUCGGAGCACUCGCGCCAGAACAGCACGAUGAGCGUGCGCGACGUGAUGCAGUCGCUGGGCGAGUCGGCCUGGGGCGAGAGUAUCCGGCGCAGUUUCACGCAGCGACGACCGGAUCGACGGUCGGAUUCGUAGUAUAUACUAACUCUAUGAUAGGAUGAUAUGAUUUUGUUUGUAUUUUUUUUUACUUUCUGCACAUGUAAACUGCUGGUACCUGUUAUUUUGUCUCAUCUCAUUUCUUGACGUCUUGGCGUGAAAUUGCAUUCCGCUAGAAUCUUGGGAAUUGCAUAGCGGUGGCGUGUGAUCUUUGUAUGUAUGAUUGAUCGAUUGAAUUGAAUUGAAAUGAUCG